AUGGACGGCACCGGCGCGCGGGACGACUCCUUCUUCGGCCCAGUACCUGCAACACCAGGCGCGAUUCGGCGCACUGGUCGCUUCCUCCAGCUCCGCCGCAACCGCCCUGCGUUAGAUACGACCGCCGACAGCAGCGACCUCACCCUCGCUGAUGAGAGCUACCUCGCCGGAGCUGCGGGCGGGAAUGUGGCAAACUUGACGCUGGGAAGUGAGGGAGUACCAGCGGCUGUUGACGAGUCGUACGAGCAGGCGGACGAGACGCAAGAAGCCCAGCCGGAGGAGGAGGAAGAGCAGGAGGGCGACACGACGUACCCCGAUAGCGAGAGCUCGGCCGCCUUCGACCCCGACGAGGACCCAGAGGGCUGGGCCGAGCGGCUCGAUGAGCUUGCGGGCAUUCUGGAAGUCAGCGAGGAGGAGGCGCGGGCUUUGCGCUGGGGUCCAGCGAUCGGGCUAGAGAAGGACGAGCUGACAACAGCCCCUGACCUCUCGCUCGACGACUUCCGCCAGGUGAUCGAUCACCAUCUGGAAGCAACCGAGUGGCGCUUCGACACCGACACGCCGGUGCCGAACUCGCUCGCGCUCGUGCUCCCAACGCAAGGCAUGGCGCCGCUCGACGAGCACCCGAUCCGCGUCCUCGGGCGAAGGUGGGGCGGUUCCGUCGCCGGAGAGCGUAUCGACACGGUGCAGGGAUUGCAGCAGAUUGCCCUCGACAAUGGGCUGGGGACGCUGCACCCGCUGAAUUUCUAG